GUUCAACCACACCACAAACCAAAUGCAUGUCGGCUCAAUAACGAGAUUAUCCAAGAAGCCAAGAACCUUGCUGACCUCGUACGUUAACGCCAAAGAGGACAGCUUGAGCUUUGACGCGUUACCACGACGUCGUGGGGCCCCGCUCUUUGUAAAAGGGGGCUAGGGUUAGGGGUGUAAUUAAUGAUCAGGGUUAGGUGGGUCAUUAAUUACUCCCGGCUGACUCCGAUUCAAACUUCAACACCUCACCAUCACUUCACCCUCAUACUGCACCACUCAAAGACCAGCCGCCAUGUACUCAAGCCAGAUAGAAAACUACCACCACCUCACCCCCUCCGAGUUCGCCGAAGCCGCCCACCACCUCGACCGGCGCUACAGCCAAGCGACCCUCGGCCCGCUCCGCCGCCAAUGGAAGCUGCGCGUGCGCUCGGCGCUCAACACCCACUUUGUCUUUCCUUCGGACCCGGAGUACAGCACGUUUAUCCAGAUCACGCGGCCGUUGGAGGUGAAUCUGGAUGAUGAUGGGUUGUCCGAGUUUUUGGAUAAUCUGAGUUUUGAUGGGCCUGGACUGGGGCCGAGUGUGUCGGUGAGGGACGAGGAGGGGUCAGGUUGUCGGGGGGAUGAGAGUGGGAUGGAGGUUGAGGAUGAUGAUGAUGAGGCUAUGGUUUUGCCUUCUAGAUUGAACGAGUCGGCAAAGACAACCUACGGCUACGUCACAUACGAGAUACACCUUCACCCGACAUAUCAAGCGCCUUGCCUAUGGUUUUCGUUAAACGGACUACCCGCGGACGAACCAGCUUUCAACAUCGACACUGUCUUCCGACGUCUCGUACCCGAUCAGUUUAAAGAUGGACUCCGCCGCGCCGGUUCCGUGGGUGGUAUCUCAGCUGAUUAUCAUCCCAUCACAGGCGUUCCCACCUUCUUCGUCCACCCUUGUCUCCUUGGCGAGGCCAUGUCGACCUUUGAGAAUGUCUCGAUCGAGACCUACCUGAUGGUUUGGCUUGGACUCGUCGGUGGCUGUGUCAGCCUUUGGGUCCCGAAGGAGAUGGCACUGGAACCCUCUUCUUGAGGGAGUAGAGCGGUGCGCGCGGACGGCCUUUCAUGUAUAGACUUUGGGCGAGAUCGGUUGCCCUUGUCUCGGUCCGUCUCAUUGCGCCCUCUUUGCCUUCAUCAUAUCCUCCCACAGCAAGCUGGUAUCUUGUUCAGAAGCAAAUGCCACAGAGGACAUGCAUCAGUCCUCGUCGCUAUCUUCCUCCAUAGCAACAUCCGAAUCACUCUCCUCCUCUUCCUCCUCCUCGCGUGGCCGCUUCGUUCCCC